ACUCGAGUAUAUAUUUUAGGUUCUCAGGGUUUUAGGCGCAGAAAAACAGAACCAGAAACCAGCCGGCGACGGAGACUGAAAAUGUCGAAAAAGAACGAUCUUGGUCGCCGGAAAAGGCAGCACGAAUUCGAACUCAGAAGAGAGAAAGAAGAGAAAGAAAAGAGGGCAAAGAAGCUUCAAGCAAAGAAGAACAAGAUGAAAGUUGACGGUACUGAGAAGAAGAAGAAAGGUGGGUUUCAAGUGGGCAAGAAGAAGUUGAAGACCAAAAUGACGGCGUUGGCAAAGGCGAAAGCUGCCCAAGCGAUGGAGGUUGACAAAUGAGGUUCAAUGAUAAUACUUCUCUGUGCAUGUUAAGAACUGGUUAUGAGUUUACCUUUAAAUAUGCAAUUUCAGUUUCUGCAUUGUUGUUGGUUGAUAUUGUUACAAUUUUGCUCCAACCAAUUUUCUUACAAAGACGAUGUCAUGUGUUAGUUGGUAACCUUGAGCAGUUAAAACAAUACGAAAACUUUUUGCUCGCCUUUUUCUGUUCUGAUGUAUUAAUACUUUAGUAGUUUUUAACUCUGAUUAGCCUUGAAACUGUCUUAUAGGGCAUGUCCUCCAUGCCAUUAACUGAAGUUUGUGAUUUUGUUUUUAUAAGAUACCUAAUUUUUGUAGAUCUUGCUAAUACCUAAGUUCUAUGCUACAAUUACAAUGCUUCAUUGAAUGUGUGUAUGGCUGUAUGCUAUAACCAGGAGAGUCUACUUGGAUGAUGGUAUUGAUAGUUACUGUGAUGUACAGAAGCAAAUUUUAGAAAUUGUUCAAAAGGGUGUGAAAGGAAUCUUAGGACUUGUGGGUUACAGGGAUAAAGGAGGUUCAUUAAGAGGUUUUGUGGGGUGUGUUGUGGAAACCUAUUUCUUAUCAGGCAAGAUGUUUCAACUCAACAUAGCCUUUGUUUAUAUUGUCUUGUGACAACUUCAAACUGUAAUGUAAAUUAUUUCCAAUACAUAUGGUCAGAUGGGAGAUUAGUUAUAGUUAAAAACCCUGUAAUAAAACUGUUAAACACUGUUUUUCCCUUGUAUGGUUCGGUCAUCAAAACUCAACCUUCGUGUCUAGUCAGAUAUUGAAUCAACUAGGAGCAUUUUGCCUUUUGGGAUAAUUUUAUCCAAAGUUCAGCUUGUUGGAUUUUUCAUAUUUUACCGACGCCACUGACACCCCCACUCUGAUUCUUGUCUUUGAAAUUUGCUUUCGGGUCAGGCCACAACACCUCAACUUUCACCAGAUCAGAGGUGCUAUAAAAUAUAUAGUAGCAUCAUAAUUGUCUGAUAGCUAUAUCACCAGAUCAGAGUAUCGGUUAUGAUUUUGUUGUGUCCAAUUGAAGUAGAACUUGCAGAACUACCUUUAUUUCUAUUUCCUUUGCUGCGGCUGUGCCAAAACUUAUAUCAGCGUAUUACAAUCUGUUGCCCCAAUUAUAGAUGAUUAAUAGUAUGCAUAGGUUGGAGUGAUGGAUUUUAUGCUUAGAACACCAAGUAGUUUGGAAAUUGGAAUUGUACACCAACUGGAAUUGUUUGAUUGAUAGAAGUGGGCAGAGUUUGGGUAAGAUGUAAUGUAGUGAAAACAUUCUGAGAGGUAGGGAGGAUAUUAGUUGGUUAAGCGCAUAAUAGUUGUGCAGCCAGGUACAUUUCUUUCACAUUGCAGGUGCCAAGGCUUUAGUUAUUUGAAAAGUAUCUGUUAUAUUCCAUUGUACUUACUGUAUCAUAAAGAUCAGCUUAGGAGAUGAGAAUGGGAAUACAACUUUGCAUUAGAUGCAAAAUGCUGACUGAGGUUUUAAAUUUUUGAAGGGAAGGGAAUUCACUUUGAAUGCUUGAUGGUGAGAAACCAUUCAUUCUUUGUUUUAGUUGCUUUACUACCAAGAGUAGUAGGUUUUUUGUUCCCUUUUUCAUUUGACCAUUCCUCUAAUAGAAAAUAGAAAAGGAACUGGUUACUGAUAAAUAGCUAGUAUAACUUCCUGAGUAGGAAGUUCAAAACAGCAUUGAUUUUCAGUCUUCUACAGAAUCAUUAUUUUCUUCUUUUGAGUUCACCCAAAUUGCUGCAAGCCAUUCCAAGUUUCCAACAACCAUAGGUUGAGGAUAGCUCCACCCACCAACAUAAUCCUUGCUUUAUAACUGUUGGGUCAUUUUCUGUCAAGUAUUCUUUUUUUUUUCUUUUUUUUUGAAAAGGUCAAGUAUUCUUAACUCCAUUUGAAGAGAUGUUGAAGAAUCACCAGUGGAUGAAUGCAGUAGUGGUAACGAGCUGCUAUGGCUUAAGCAAGGUCUUGAGUUCGAAACCUUGUGGAUGCAGCACCAUGCGCUGGGAGAGUCAACCC